AUGCCGAAGAAGAAUCACGCCAUCGAAAGCUUGGGUCCUUCCUCAAUCAUGGAGCUCAAGGCUCAGCUCUAUAAGUCUCAGGAAGAAGCUAAGCAGACGAAGGAUUUCACUGGAUCCGAUGCUCAGAUCGCCGCUAAAGAUUCUUUCGCCACGAAGAACUCCGGAGUUGAGAGUCGCGCUCUCAUGGACAAGCUUGAACUUAAAGCUGUUAAAGACGGAGCAGUUAGCUACGCUGCGUUAGAGAAGAAGGCUCAGUUAUAUGAGAAGCUUGCAAGGGGAGAGCUUUGA